UCAUGGUCAGGUGCGUAUGCGUGUACCUACGAGGGAAAAACAAAGGUACGGUACAUCCAUGAUUCCGAGCCCACCACAGCAAAGAUGCCCCCGCCCUGCCAUUUGGUCACUUCCUCUUCGCAAAUUGCACCUCUCUCUUUAUAUAAGUCAAACCAAAACACCUGGAUCCUCUCUCUCUCUCUCUCCACUCGCAGAAAAAAGACAUGGUGGUCACCACUUCUGUGCUCCUUUCUCAUGGUCAUGGUCAUGGAAGCCUUAGAGCAUCAACACCCUGUACUGCGAUGAAACAAGGCUACUUGAAGCCUGCUGACACCAGGAGGAAGCGUCGCUCCACGGUGCGAGCGGUCAUGGCGAGGCCGCAGGAGGUGGCGGCACCGCCACCGCCGCCGGCGAGAGAGACGACGGCAGCGGCGAGGACAACGACGACGACGACGGUGUACCGCGACAACUGGUUCGACAAGCUGGCCAUCGGGUACCUGUCCAGGAACCUUCAAGAAGCUUCUGGGAUGAGGAACGAAAAGGACGGCUACGAGAGCCUGAUAGAUGCUGCCCUCACCAUCUCGGGAAUCUUCAGAGUCGACAAGCAGUGGGAGAUUGUGGCCAAUGCCCUCCAACGGGCGUUUCCGAGCUACAUACUCGCAAUGAUAAAGGUGAUGAUGCCGCCUUCGAGAUUCUCCCGGGAGUACUUCGCUGCCUUCACCACCAUCUUCUUCCCUUGGCUCGUUGGGCCGUGUGAGGUCAAGGAAUCUGAAGUUGAUGGAAGGAAAGAGAAAAAUGUGGUGUACAUCCCCAAAUGCAGAUUUCUGGAAAGCACAAACUGUGUUGGGAUGUGCACGAAUCUUUGCAAGAUCCCUUGCCAGAAGUUCAUCCAAGAUUCAUUUGGCAUGCCUUUCUACAUGUCUCCUAAUUUUGAAGACAUGAGUUGUGAGAUGAUCUUUGGACAGCAACCUCCUGAAGAUGAUCCAGCACUGAAGCAGCCCUGCUUCGCGACAAAAUGUAUUGCAAAGCAGAAUCGUCAUGUAAAUUGCUCUAUUUGAUUUGAGAGGAAGUGUUAACGGUCAGACUAAAUAUCAGUAAAAGGCCCAAAGCCUUCAUGUUAUUCCCUUGGGAAGCAGUAGAUUGUUUUUUUCUGAAGAUAAUAUCAAAAGGCACUUCUAGUAUUUCAACUCUUAUGCCAAAUUGUUAGGUAACUGGUUGUUGACCAUAAAAAUCAAUAAGGACAUGCUAGGCGUGUGGAUAAUACAAAGCAUUUUAUCUGCAUGUUCUUUGUAAGUUAAAACAAGAACUGAGGCAAGAUU